AUGAGAGCUGUUAUCCAGAAAGUCAAAUCAGCCUCGGUAACCGUUGAGGGCAAAGUCGUUUCCCAAAUAGGAAGGGGAUUGGUGGUUUUGGUAGGUAUAUGCAAUGAAGACACUUUUGAUGAUGUUGACAAAUUGGCAAAUACAGUGUUAAAGCUGAGACUGUUUGAGUCAGACGACGGAUCAAAAAUGUGGCAAAAAUCUGUGACUGAUUUGCCAAAGGGUCAACUUUUGUCUGUCUCCCAGUUCACUUUGUACGGAAACGUAAAGAAGGGGUCUAAACCAGACUUCCACAGAGCUGCUAAGGGACACAUUGCACUAGAGCUCUAUCAACAGUUUUUAGAAAAGUUGAAAAAUGGAAUGAAACAUGUCGAAGAGCCUGAAAAUAGCGUACAGGAUGGAGUAUUUGGGGCAAUGAUGGAUGUAGCUCUAAUCAAUGACGGCCCAGUAACCAUAAACUAUGAUACUAAGAACCCAAAAGAUAGACAAAUAGAAGACAUUCAGAACUGA